AAGUCCUGAUUUUGGAACAGUCUUAUACACACCACGUUUCGCAUGCAAAAGCGUUCUUCGAAAUGAUGUCGGAUCCACUUCGAUCAGCUGAAGCUUCUCGCAGCAUGCUCCGGACUUUAGAGGAUUCUCCGAAUUACCAGAACCGCUAAAUACCUUUGCCAGAGCAGAGGGAAGCAGGAGGUUCCUUCGAGAGCCUGCAUGCCCAGUGCGAGACGAGCGAGAAUCGUGUGCAUGAAGAGCAGGAAUGUGUCCGUCAUAAACAUGAGGCUACGGCAAGUUGCGAAUUUUCCAUCUUUCCGGUCAUCUGCUUGUGUGCUGCUUGUUGCAGAGACUGGAAUUCUUCUCGUGAGAAAUGGCAGUCUACAUCCCGAAAGUGGAAAGAAGUAGUUACGCGGGGUUCCUGAAGGGGGUUUCGACCAAAGAAGCGGGACUUGAGGACGAGAAAGCUCGACGUGGUUCGAACGGAUAUCACGUUCUCGCACCGCGCGGUGGAUCCCGUCGUGGUUACGGAAGCGAUGGGCAUUUCUGGUCGCCGGAAGGACCGAUGGGAUCCACGUGAAGCGUCGGGAGCUCGAGGCAGGACUGCUGUCGGAAGCUGCUGCAGGUUCCUCAAGUUGCGCUCGCUGUCUCGUCUUUCCACAAGUGCGCCAUGUCAGUGCGAGGGAUCCUCGCGUUAGACCGAUCCGAUCACGGCACAUCGUAGUGGCACGAGGUAGAUGAUGACGCGGCAGUACCGAUUGGUAUCAGCCGAUGCGAUGAGGUGCAACGACGACUGCUGCUCCCGUGCAGCGACGAGAUCAGGGCCGGUUUGUCUCGUGACCCGAUCCCAGAGUCCUUCGCGAUACCUUCUGUCAGGAAUCGUUUUCUCAUUCUGUCUCUGACCCGGUAUCAGGGUGCUUUCAGGUUGAAUUUCGACCGUAUCAAUCGAGUUCUUCUCCUCUCUCUCUCUUUCUGUCUCGGGAGUCAAAGUGUGGGGUCAGGGUGCGUAGCUGUUCUUCGGGCACGGGAGGGAGAAGGGGAUACGAUCGCUGUCGCCGCUUUUCAGGUUGUCAUGGUUGCUGUUUGGUGGGUUUGUGCAAUUGGGAACGCAUCGAAUUGAAUGCUCGUGGGCGGAGGCAGUUUGGCUUUCGCACCGCUGAGCAUCUCCAGAACUCGUGUCGGGAGUCUACGGGGAAUUACACCGGUUAGUUGCGAGAAAAGCUCACGCAAUUUCAGGACGACUUCCAGUAUCUGUGGCUGAUUGUGUGGGACAUUGAGAGGAGAUGGAGUAAUGGCCGGUCUGCCAAGACUUUGCAUGCGUAGGUAGGGUAUCUGUUCGGCAAAGUUGACCUGUGCUUUGUGAAACUCUUCAGCAUCAAGGAGAAUAUCAUGGCGACAGACCGACAUUUUCCUAACACCCUAGCGGAUUAUAAACCCCUAGCGCACAGGGAAGAAGAAUUGCCCGAGUCUCAAUCAAUCGGGCCCUUGGUUGCUUUUGCGUCAACAGCAGACGAGGAUGUAGUGGUGAAGGUUCCGCCUUCAUUCCGAGAGCAUCUGUUUCCAUCUCCAGAACUUUUCCUCAAGGCAGCGCUUGAGCUUAGAAACGAGGUUGUACAGUCUACAUGGAGGCGUAAUGGCCCACGUGUAAACGAUCCUACCAUGUAUGUGGGAGUGUUGGGGACUGCAUUUUUGUGCUUGAAGGUGUACUUAUCCACUGGGAGCGAAGAUGAUCUCGUUCAGUGCAUGGAUAUCGUGGAUGCCUGCUGUGCUGCAGCUCAGACGAUGAGACCAUAUGUUACAUUUCUUUGCGGACAGCCAGGAAUUUAUGCUUUAGGUGCUGUUGCUGCGAAGUACAAGGGAGAUGAGACUCGCAUGAAUCACUACCUGCGACUCUUUGAUGAGGUCUCAAAUGAGAGAGCUCUUUCAGUCGGCCCAGCAGAGGGUGGGCUUGGAAUGCCCUAUGAACUUUUGUACGGACGAGCUGGCUUUCUCUGGGCAGCCCUGUUCAUUAACAAACAUGUGGGCGAGGAGACUGUUCCUUGGACCACGACGGGACCGAUUGUAGAGGCAGUGAUGCAAGCUGGACGAGCUGGAGCUGCUCAAACAAAAUGCCCGUUGAUGUACCAAUGGCAUUGUACACGUUACUGGGGUGCAGCUCAUGGUCUUGCGGGUAUCAUUAACGUCCUUCUACAUUUUCCCUUAUCUCAAGAUGCGGCAGAUGAUGUGAAAGGUGUAUUGCGCUACAUGAUUAAGAAUAGAUUCCUGAGAGGGAAUUAUCCAUCUAGCGAAGGCAAUAACAGGGACAGACUUGUCCAUUGGUGCCAUGGUGCUCCGGGGAUAGCUUUGACUUUAUGCAAAGCUGCACAGGUUUUCCCUGAGGAGGAAGAAUUUCGAUCAGCUGCGUUGGAGGCUGGUGAUGUCGUGUGGGAACGGGGUCUGUUGCGUCGCGUAGGAUUGUGUCAUGGAGUAAGUGGGAAUGCCUACGUAUUUUUGGCUCUACAUCGUUUGUCGGGUGGUAAGAAGCACUUGCAUAGAGCAAAGAUGUUUGCAGGUUUCCUUCACGACAGAGCAUUCUCCCUGAUUUCUACUGGGGAAAUGCAUGGCGGUGACCAUCCGCACUCGCUCUUUGAAGGAUUGGCAGGGACUGCAUGUCUGUGGCUGGAUGUUGCUCAGCCGGCGAAUUCUAGGUUUCCAGGAUACGAAAUUUAGACUUAGACCUUUAGAACUGGGGAAAAACUGUAUUCUACUGAGUUAAUGCGCCAAAGAAGUUGGCAGACGUCACAAACUUGACUAGAUAAAGUAAUUACAUACAUUUUUUAGAAAGGUGAGGACCCCAGAGGUGCUCAGGUGGAAUUUGGGGAAAUGUAAUUAGUUUCUUUCUGCUAAAAUACGAAUGUAAAUGAUCCCCUCUCCACUUUAAUAUGGGGACGCGAGGUUGGAUCCUCAUAGUAAAUGCAAAGUUUUAAGAAUGCA